CAGGCGGAGUGAGCGGAGCGGAGCGGCAGCAGCGGAGGAACCGGCCCAGAACCGUCCCAGAACCUCAGCACCCUUCAACACGUCCCAGAAAUAAAGAGCGAGCCAUGUCGGCCAAAGCCAUCUCCGAGCAGACGGGGAAGGAGUUCCUGUACAAACACAUCUGCACGUCUGCAGCCGUUCAGAACCGCUUCCGCUACGCCAGCGUGACGCCCGAGACCGACUUCGACCGGCUGGUGCAGGACCACCCAUGGCUGAAGACGGAGAAACUGGUGGUGAAGCCGGACCAGCUGAUCAAGCGGCGGGGGAAGCUGGGCCUGAUCGGAGUCAACCUGGACCUGAACGGCGUGCGGGAGUGGCUCCAGCCCCGCCUGAUGCGGGAGGCCACGGUGGGAAAAGCCAAGGGCAUCCUGAAGAACUUCCUCAUUGAGCCGUUCGUCCCGCACAAACAGGCGGAGGAGUUCUACGUCUGCAUCUACGCCACCAGGGAGGGCGACCACGUGCUGUUCCACCACGAGGGCGGCGUGGACGUGGGGGACGUGGACGCCAAGGCGCUGAAGCUGCUGGUGGGCGUGGACGAGAAGAUCGGAGAGGAGCAGGUGAAGAAGCAGCUGCUGGUCAACGUCCCCGACGGCAAGAAGGCCGUCCUGGCCAGCUUCAUCGUGGGACUCUUCAACCUGUACGAAGACCUCUUCUUCACGUACCUGGAGAUCAACCCUCUGGUGGUCACGAAGGAUGGCGUCUACGUCCUGGACAUGGCGGCCAAGAUCGACGCCACGGCCGACUACAUCUGCAAGGCCAAGUGGGGCGACGUGGAGUUCCCGCCGCCGUUCGGCAGGGAGGCGUAUCCCGAGGAGGCCUACAUCGCCGACCUGGACGCCAAGAGCGGCGCCAGCCUCAAGCUGACCCUGCUGAACCCCCGCGGCCGGAUCUGGACCAUGGUGGCGGGAGGCGGCGCCUCGGUGGUGUACAGUGACACCAUCUGUGACCUGGGCGGCGUCGAGGAGCUGGCCAAUUACGGCGAGUAUUCAGGAGCGCCGAGCGAGCAGCAGACGUACGACUACGCCAAGACCAUCCUGUCUCUGAUGACCAGGGAGAAGCACCCAGACGGAAAAGUCUUGAUCAUCGGCGGCAGCAUCGCAAACUUCACCAACGUCGCAGCGACGUUUAAGGGAAUCGUUCGAGCCAUCAAAGACUACCAGACGCCUCUGAAGGAACACGAAGUCUCCAUUUUCGUGCGUCGUGGAGGACCCAACUACCAGGAGGGCCUGCGGGUGAUGGGGGAAGUCGGGAAGACCACCGGCAUCCCCAUCCACGUGUUCGGCACCGAGACUCACAUGACGGCCAUCGUGGGCAUGGCGCUGGGCCACCGGCCCAUCCCCAGCGAGCCGCCGGCCGCCGCGCACACCGCCAACUUCCUGCUCAACACCAGCGGCAACACCUCGACCCCAGUUUCCAGCAGAACAGCCUCUUUCUCUGAAAGCAAAGCCAGCGUCGGGGCCUCGCCGGCCAAGAAGGUGAAAAGUGGAGCGUCCAGGGAAAAGGCCGCCACGCUGUUCAGCAGGCACACCAAGGCCCUGGUGUGGGGCAUGCAGACCCGGGCGGUGCAGGGCAUGCUGGACUUCGACUACGUCUGCUCCAGAGACGAGCCGUCGGUGGCGGCCAUGGUCUACCCCUUCACCGGAGACCACAAGCAGAAGUUCUACUGGGGCCACAAGGAGAUCCUCAUCCCGGUCUACAAGAACAUGAGCGACGCCAUGAGGAAGCACCCGGACGUGGACGUGCUCAUCAGCUUCGCCUCGCUGCGCUCCGCCUUCGACAGCACCAUGGAGACCAUGCAGUACCCGCAGAUCCACACCAUCGCCAUCAUCGCCGAGGGGAUCCCCGAAGCCCACACCAGGAAGAUCAUCAAGGCGGCCGACGAGAAGGGCGUCACCAUCAUCGGCCCGGCCACCGUCGGAGGAAUCAAACCCGGCUGCUUCAAGAUCGGGAACACGGGCGGCAUGCUGGACAACAUCCUGGCGUCCCGGCUGUACCGCCCGGGCAGCGUGGCCUACGUGUCCCGCUCCGGCGGCAUGUCCAACGAGCUCAACAACAUCAUCUCCCGCACCACCAACGGCGUGUUCGAGGGCGUGGCCAUCGGCGGGGACAGGUACCCGGGCUCCGUGUUCACCGACCACGUGCUGCGCUACCAGGACACCCCCGACGUCAAGAUGAUCGUGGUGCUGGGAGAGAUCGGAGGAACGGAGGAGUACAAGAUCUGCCAGGCCAUCAAGGAGGGCCGGAUCACCAAGCCGGUGGUCUGCUGGUGCAUCGGGACCUGUGCCACCAUGUUCUCCUCCGAGGUCCAGUUCGGCCACGCCGGCGCCUGUGCCAGCCAGGCCUCGGAGACGGCCGUAGCCAAGAACAAGGCCCUGAGGGAGGCGGGCGCCCACGUGCCCAAGAGCUUCGACGAGCUGGGAGACGUCAUCCGGACCGUCUACAACGACCUGGUGGCGAAGGGCGUCAUCGUGCCGGCCGAAGAGAUGCCUCCUCCCACCGUCCCCAUGGAUUACUCCUGGGCACGAGAGCUGGGUCUGAUCCGUAAGCCGGCCUCCUUCAUGACCAGCAUCUGUGACGAGCGAGGCCAGGAGCUGAUCUACGCCGGCAUGACCAUCACCGAGGUCUUCAAGUCAGAGAUCGGGCUGGGGGGGACGCUGGGGCUGCUGUGGUUCCAGAGGAGGUUGCCCCGGUACGCCUGCCAGUUCAUCGAGAUGUGCCUCAUGGUGACGGCCGACCACGGCCCCGCCGUCUCCGGGGCGCACAACACCAUCGUGUGCGCCCGGGCCGGGAAAGACCUGAUCUCCAGCCUCACCUCGGGCCUGCUCACCAUCGGCGAUCGCUUCGGAGGCGCUCUGGACGCCGCGGCCAAGCAGUUCAGCAAGGCGUUCGACAGCGGCAUGCUGCCCAUGGAGUUCGUCAACAAGAUGAAGAAGGAGGGGCGGCUGAUCAUGGGCAUCGGGCACAGAGUCAAGUCGAUCAACAAUCCAGACAUGAGGGUCCAGAUCCUGAAGGACUUUGUGAAGCAGAACUUCCCGUCGUCCCAACUGCUGGACUACGCUCUGGAUGUGGAGAAGAUCACCACCUCCAAGAAACCCAACCUGAUCCUGAACGUGGACGGCUUCAUCGGCGUGGCCUUCGUGGACCUGCUCAGAACCUGCGGCGGAUUCACACGGGACGAAGCCGACGAGUUUGUGGAGAUCGGCGCUCUGAACGGCAUCUUUGUCCUGGGACGCACCAUGGGAUUCAUCGGACACUACCUGGACCAGAAGAGGCUGAAGCAGGGUCUGUACCGCCACCCCUGGGACGACAUCUCCUACGUGCUCCCGGAGCACAUGUCCAUGUGAGACCAGGACCAGAACUGGAACCGGAACCGGACCGCGCCCGGCCGUCCCCUCCCGCCGCUCAAACUGUGAUCCGUCGCCUCAAAGCAGUGUCAUCGUACUGAAGAGAUCUAUGAGUGUUCCGUUUUUAUUUUAAUAUCUGUAAACUUGCUAAGCUGAAGCUGAAGCUUCCUGGAGGAUUAAUGAGAGUCGGUGACGUGCCGUUAUUUACCCACAGGUAGUGAAUCGUCGUAUUAACCUAGCAUGCAUGUCGGUAUCGGACUAAUGUGUCUCUCUGUGCCGCUCUUCUCAUCGUGCCAUUUGAUAUCAUGAGCUUGCUGCAGGAGCUGAACGUGUCGUGCAAUAACGCCUCUGUGGACCUUCACAGGGGAACAUGAAGUUGUAGCGCUUGCUGUGCUCGCUGUGGCACAUGGGACCAUUUUAUGAGUCAUUUCCUGGUGCUGCUGUUUCCUGGAAGUUUUAAAAGUACGAUAUCUCUGAUUUUAGUGUAAUGCAAAUCAAUAUGACCUCAAAUACUAAGCUAAAUGAGAGAAAGGUCACUCGUCCUUCAACAGUCGGUGAUCCAUCCUGCCUCCGAUCAUUUAGCCAUAGAUGAGAUAAGGUGUGUGAGAACAGAGCUACAGAGGCUUCCUUUGAAAAAAAAUCAUGAUUGCAUUGUUUUGAGUCAACAGUGCACUGAGAACAUGUUGACUUGACGAACGGCAUCAGGAGAGAUAAGCAGAUAAUUAGAUUAUGAUCACGACUCCGAGAGGUUGAGACUAAACUCAUUAAUGUUACAGAUGUGUACAGAAUCUGCUAGAAAUCACAAACAUCACCAGUGUUUUAUUUUUUAUGUAUCCAUAGAUUUUUUUUAUUUUAACUGUUGUAGUGUGGACUGACUGUGCCUCUGUACUGAUUCGUGGUGUGUUUACAGCUGUGUGAUUGAGUCAAAUAAAAUGUGACUAAUGU